UAUCCUAUCUUGUAUAUUCUUAGGAACUCUUUCUCAACUCUCUUUCUCUCUUUCUUUAUUAUUCUCUCUCUUUAUCUCUCAAUAUCAGUUUUGGAGGAUCAUCUUAGACUUUGUUUGUUGUUUGGCAUUUCCCAUUUUGUUAGAGAGGAAAAAAAAAUGGGAAGGCAACCUUGUUGUGACAAAGUUGGGUUGAAGAAAGGGCCAUGGACUGCAGAGGAGGAUAGGAAGCUCAUCAACUUCAUCCUCACUAAUGGCCAAUGUUGCUGGAGAGCUGUCCCUAAGUUGGCAGGAUUGUUAAGGUGUGGGAAAAGUUGCAGGCUCAGAUGGACUAACUACCUGAGGCCUGACCUAAAGAGAGGCCUUCUAUCAGAAUAUGAAGAGAAAAUGGUCAUUGAUCUCCAUGCUCAACUUGGAAACAGAUGGUCUAAGAUUGCUUCUCAUCUCCCUGGAAGAACUGAUAAUGAGAUCAAGAACCACUGGAAUACCCACAUAAAGAAAAAGCUCAAAAAAUUGGGAAUUGAUCCUGUUACCCAUAAGUCACUCUCUGAGGUUAAAGCACACACACAACAAGAGCAACCAUUGCAAGAACAACAAAAACAACCUUCUUCCCCAGAUGAAUUGGACCCCAAAUUUGAACAUGAAAAUCACCAAAAUAAGGACUUAGAGAAACCAGAGAAUUCAAUUGAGUCAUCAACCAUCACUGAAUCCAAAGAGGAAGACCAAAUGAUCAUGACACCUCUAUUUGAUUCAAUGGAAAUAAUGAAUGGAUUCUGCACAGAUGAAGUUCCAAUUAUAAAACCUGAUGAGAUUCUAGUUCCUUGUGCUCCUUCUUCUUCACAAACCAGCACUUCAUCAUCUUCUUCUGCUUCAAAUUCAUCCAAUAACUUCCUUGAAGACCUUGUUCUCCCAGAAUUUGAGUGGUCUAAUAUUGAAAAUUGCAAUGACAUCAACAGCAUUAACACCAGCAUGGCCUUGUGGGAUGAUGACUUUAUUAGAAGUUUGGAGUUUCUUAUUAAUGAAGAUGAUGAUGGUAACAAGAAACAAGUGUUUGAUGCUCCUCUCAAUCAGUAUCCAAGAAUGGUCAUGGAUUCAGAAUCUUGGGCGAAUGGAUUGUUUUGACUUGAAAAUAUUACUUGUAAUUUGGUUGUAGUUGUUGCAAAGAAUAAACAGUAGAUGAAUCAUGAUUUGAAAAGAACCCAAACUCUUGUCUAGUAAUUAGUUUUUAUUUUAUCCACUUUUCACCUUAUAAUAAAGGGAAAAGAAAUAUGUAUAUGGUAGUGCAGGCGUGUCCAUUUGUUGCUUCUGCUGGUGAAGGCAUACUUGGUUAUACUGGAAAUUUUAUGUUCUUUUUGUCAA